GCGCACAUUUUUCGGCGAUUUUUAUCAGUGAAUGUACCUACUCACGUGCCCGAAUUACUAUAAAUCCGGUAGGCGGGCCGCCGGUCACUUCACUUCAGUUUCGACGUGCGUCCGUGGUCCACCUCUGGGACGAGCAACCGCUCCGGUUUCUCAACCUCCCUCGCGCUACAUCUACCUCUUGCAUUCCACCAUGCCUGCUAUUAUAAAUAAUAAAGGGCCUUACAUUGCAGUCAUCGAGGAAGGGACUCGAACUGUAAAAUUUGUGCUGUUCUCUGCUGAAACUCAAGAGGAAGUAGUUAGCUACUCAGUAGAUGUGCCUGGAGAGUCCCCCCAAGAAGGAUGGGCGGAACAAGACCCGAACACGCUCCUCUCUGCAGUCCACUUGUGCAUUGAAGAAACCAUGCCACAGUUAGCCACCAUCGGUGCCUCCUCGAAGGACAUUGUUGCUCUGGGUAUCACUAACCAGCGAGAGACAACAAUCGUCUGGGAUUCCAUCACUGGAGAGCCCCUUUACAAUGCCAUCUUGUGGUCCGAUAUGAGAGCUGAUGUCACCGUCGAUGAAGUCUUAGCGAAGUUCCCGGACAACAACAAGGACUACCUGAAACCGCUGUCGGGUCUCCCCGUCUCACCCUACUUCAGUGCCUUGAAGCUCAAGUGGUUGAUUGACAAUGUGCCCUCAGUUAGGAAAGCUAUUCGCGAGCAUCGCUGUCUCUUCGGGACAGUCGACUCGUGGCUUAUCUGGAAUUUGACCGGUGGAAAAGACGGAGGCCUCCAUAUAACGGAUGUCACCAAUGCCUCCCGAACCAUGUUGAUGAACAUCGAUUCUUUGCAGUGGGACCCACUUUUGUGCAAGCAUUUUCACAUUCCCAUGGAAAUUUUACCAGAAAUUAGAAGCUCAUCCGAAAUUUAUGGUCUUGUUAAGGGUCAUAUGUUAGAUGGUGUUCCUAUUUCUGGGAUUCUAGGUAACCAACAAGCUGCAUUGGUGGGUCAACGGUGUUUCAAAGAAGGCCAAGCCAAAAAUACAUAUCGCAGUGGAUGUUUUCUCCUUUACAACACAGGCAAUAAUAGAGUCCAUUCUAGUCAAGGUUUAGUUACCACAGUUGCAUUUCAACACGGUCGUGAUAAACGGCCUGUCUAUGCUUUGGAAGGCUCUGUUGCUGUUGCUGGAACCGCUCUUAAAUGGCUGCGAGACAACCUGAAUAUGAUGAAAGACAACGAAGAGGCUGAAGAUCUAGCAGAAGCUGUUAAAACAACUGGUGAUGUUUACUUUGUACCUGCAUUCGCUGGACUUUAUGCGCCUUAUUGGCGAAAAGAUGCCAGAGGAAUUCUUUGUGGACUUACUCAAUUCACAACCAAAGGCCACAUCAUCCGAGCAGCUCUGGAAGCUGUGUGUUACCAAACGAGAGAUAUUCUAGAAGCAAUGCAUCGUGAUUGUGGUUUUCCUCUCUCUACACUUCAUGUUGAUGGUCAAAUGACAACAAACAGGCUUCUCAUGCAGUUGCAAGCUGAUAUCUCAGGCAUUCCUGUCCAACGAAAUAAUAAGAAGGACAUCACAGCUUUAGGAGUUGCAUACAUGGCUGCAUCAGCUGCCGGCAUUGAUGUCUGGGACCUUGAAAAUCUAAGUGCCAACAGUGGUUCUGAUGCCUCUCUAGAAGAUACUUUCCUUCCGUCUAUAUCUCAUGAAGAACGAAAUCUGAGGUACACAAAAUGGAAAAUGGCAGUCCACAGAAGUCUUGGCUGGGCCAUGCCUAAGAAGUCCGAUGUAAUGACAGGUAAUGACUCUGAUAGUCACACUAACGUUUGCAAGAGUUCAGCCCUGGCUGAAAAAUACUGUGUUAAUUCUGACAACGUUAGAUCUAGUGAAAUCAAUCUCUUCAAUAAGCCUCCUAGUUAUGGGAAUGAGGAGAACUGCCUCACCGCCAAUCACGAAUUUAGUGUUAAGAAAAUUAAUAAUUACGAUAAAGAAAACUACAGCAAUGUCCCGUUCAAAAUGGCGGAUAAACCAAGCUUUGGUGAAAAGCACUCGCACGCCAAAGAUAUUAGCAAUAUCGAGAUACUCCCUGCAAACCGUGUUUUCAGCCAAAACUUUGAACCAGACGAAAAUCAAAACACUUUGAAAGAAACCUCCUUAGACUCGAAUAUCCUCAGAGAAACUUGCCUCGACCAAAAUAUUUUGAUAGGAAAUUCUGUAAGCAACAAUUUAUUAAUUGAGGUUGUUGAUAAAAAAGAUAUCAAUGAAAAUGGUAUAACAGAAGAGCUGUUUGAAGAUAUUUUUGAGAAUAAAGAAAAUCUAUUGACCGAUAUUCUUGAAAAGGCAAAAAUAACCAACUUUGAAGGGAGCCUCGCCCAAGUUGACUCCAAUUUAGAGAAACCUCAUAUUUUCCCGGCGAAAUAUAUUCUCGCAGCUCACAUUAAAAGCUGUCACAAUGAUGAUAUCUUUGUCCUAGGCCAUCACAGCAGGUAGUUUUGGUCAAGAUAUCCUAUUUAUCUUUAAUAAUUCACUGGAAUUUGACAAAAUCCCAUCAAGCUUUAGUUCCUUAUUAAUGAAGCGAAACUCUCCGAAACUACUUUAUUUUUCCUAGUUGUUAAAUUUGCUAUAGGCUCUGAUACUUGUCUAAGACUUUUCUCCUUUAAAAAAAUUAGGGGAAGCUCUAUGUGCUAAGCAUUUCUCUACUUAAUUUUAAAAAUCCGUAGAAUUUUCUUUCGUUUUCAAAGUUUUGGUGCAACUUAUAGAGACUGAUGGCCACCUACUUUAUUUUAUAGUUCUCUGAUUCUCGAUUUAUAAUUAAUUUACUGUAGCAGUAUUAUUUUACUGUUUAAUGGUUUCUUAGUCCUAAAAUUGAAGAAUUCAAGGGACAUCGAUUGAUUAUUUGCCUAUUUUCCCAUGUUAUCUAUUUAUUUGUAGGCUCCUAUGGUUUCGAAUACUGUUAAAAUAAAUAGAUAUACUAGUUGCGAGAAAUUAUUAUGCAUUUUGCCCAUUUUUUCUUUAACCAAUCAAUGUUUAUAUCUCCUCAAACCAUUGCUUAGUUUUUGGUUCAAAUUUUUAUUAUUCAGAAACAGAAAGAUGUAAAAGUGAGAAUGUUAUUGCCUCUGCUUCCUUGUAAUGUGUCAUGAGUACGAGUCGUGUUUGAACGCUCCCUAAAAUAUUUUGUUUGAGGAGUUGUGACAGUAUCUUUUUCUAUCCGUGCAUCUUGCUCCUAGGAAAAGUAGUGGUAAUCUGAAGAAAAAGUCCGGAACUUUUUAUGUGUUCUUUAAUUUAAGUUAUUCGAUUAUCAUUAGGUGUUGAAUUUGAAUUUCAGUUUUGAUUUUACUUUCUUAAUUAUUUCCAACUUGACAAUAUUUUCAUACAGAAUUUCCUCUUUGAGAUUCUAAUUUUAUUCUUAAUUAUUUAACGACCUAGAUGAUGUAACUAGUUUAUCUAGCUGUGCUUGUUUGUUUUUGAAAAACACUGAAGCAUUUGUGCGUGUGGCAAUUAAAACAUGUGCAUCAAUGAAUAGAUGUGAUUAGCAUGAUAAUUUUUGGAAGUUUUGAAUAAAUCGGAAGAAUUUGUUGAAGAGAGCACUGGGAGUAGCUAACAAUGCACCUAGUCAAACAAUUAUCUUGAACUUUUACAUUCUUGAUCUUAUCAUUGGAAAUCAGCAUCCAAUAGCUUUCCUUUGGUUGUUCUCUCGGAUUUCUUUCUGUUUAUUCUCUUUGUUUGUUGUUGUUUUUUGUUUCCCAUCAAUUACCAUGCUGAUUUGCCCUCUAAAGUUUUUGCUCGUUUUUAAGCGCACAUUUUUGCAUUGGCUGAAAGUUACUUAAUGUGAUAAUUUUUUUUUUCCUUUUUUUCUUUUUUUUCAUCUCUAUCUCAUUAAGUAUUAUGAGUGUUGUGAUUUUUAGUUAGUAGUUAGUUUAGUAGUUGAUUUUUGCGCAGCAUGCAACUUGUAUUGUUUUUGAUUUGUGGCUUUGUUUGCGUGCUCUCCUUUCAAAAGUGUAAUUCUUAGCUCUCUGAACAGUAUUUCAACACUCUUGCCAUUGAUUUUUGAGCUUGAGUUCAUGCAUGUUUUCGGAGCUGACACGUACACUACAACACCAGUGCUUUAUCACAUUUCACAAGCUUUGCUGUGUUAGGGUCUCCUUAGGUUUAUAUUUUCAUCCAUACUUUAAAGAAACCAAACAAAAAAAUUGAAAAAUCAAAUUAAAAAAAAAAGAAAAAAAUGAUCAAUUUUGGAAAAAUCUAUCUUACUGACACUACCUGGAAAACUUUGAGUAGGAGUUAAGUAUGCAACCAUUUUGCUCAUACAAAUGAAAUGUCAUGAUGUGGUCAUACUAUGAUGUUUGCCUGUAAGGCUUUCUUUGGUAGUAAACUGUGUUUGAAGAGUGAGCUUUUGCCUUUAUAAGAUCGCUGUGUAAAAAGUAUUUUCAAUUACAAGAGGGAAUGACGCCUUUUGAUGGAAUAAACUCUCUUCAUUAUUAUUUCUUCAAACAUCGUAACAUGUUCAGUUGAACUGAUUUUCCCUGUCGUUGAUACCAAAAAAAGAGUAAAAAUAAAAAUGAAAAAAAAAAAAAAUAAAAACAAUAAUAAAUGAUAAAAAAAUAAGAACAAAGUAAUUAAUUCGGUGGAAUAUUGUCAAGUCUCUUGUUAUCACUGUUAUUAUUCCUUUUUUUGAAAUUCUUUUGUUCCCUUUUUAUGACGGUCUUUUUCGACCUACCUCUUUAGUUCUUGUUGAAAAUCAAAAUUCAAAUUCAAAUUUUUAGUCUCCUGAAUUUUUUAUUUUUUAUUUUUUUUUUACCUAUUCAGUGUGAACAGUCACUUUUGACCUUUAUAAUAUUAUAAUGUAUUUUGUGAUUCUUUUGAAAUAAACUGAUCUGUUUUAACUUUUCACAUGCA